AUGAUGAGUUGUACAUUUACAUUAGCAAAUCUAACUGAUAUUAAUUUUACACAACCAGGUAGUUACUGUCCCGCACAAUCAGAUGGUGGUUGUUGGCCACCUACAAAGUUAAAUCAUACAGCAACAAUUGCAUGUCCACCGUCGAUACAAGGUGUCGAUCGAUCAAAGUUUGCACUUCGUGAAUGUUUAUUAACGGGUAAAUGGGAUAGAAUUCAGUAUAAGCCAUGUUUUUAUCCAGAUGUGUGGGAAUUAAUGAAUAAAUAUUAUGUAAACAAGUCACCAGGAGAGAGACAAGCUUAUACAGAUGUAUUACAAGCGGUGAGAAUUAUUGAAAUGGUUGGAUUAUCAGUAUCAUUUAUUAGUGUUAUUCUUUCAUUGUGUAUAUUCUGUUGUCUGAAGUCAUUGUAUUGUAGUCGUACAAAAAUUCAUAUUAACUUAUUACUUGCUAUAUUACUGCAGAUAGUUGCCAGAAUAAUUAAUUACGGAAUUCAAAUGAAAUAUUCUCAAGGUGAUAAUAGACGUAUGCAGAAGGAUCAGCUCGCUGUUGAAUUACCAAAAUAUAUUGUUUUAAUUUGUCCUUUUAUUGUUAUUGGUUUACAAUUUGGUAUAAGUGCUAUGUUUAUGUGGAUGUUAUGUGAAGGGGUACAUUUAAAUAAUGUUUUAACCGUAUCCGUAUUUAAAAAUAAACUGAGAACACUAUAUUUUCAUUUACUUGGAUGGGGUGUACCAUUUUGUUUGACAUUGAGUUGGAGUAUAGUAAUGUUUUUCAAACAACGUGAUCGUCAAUGUUGGUCAAACUAUAAUUAUUUGCCCUACUAUUGGAUAAUCGAUGGUCCACGUUAUGCUGUUAUGAUUGUAGCGUUCAAAGGCGGGGCUCCAUUAGUACCAGAUUUAAAAGCCGUCAAAGCAGCCAUAUUUUUGUUACCAUUAUUGGGCAUCACUCAUAUGUUAGAAACAUUUGUGACACCUGAUGAUCAAUCUAUAGUAUUGUUUGCCAUUUAUUUUUCUGUUACUUAUUUUAUGUCAACGUUUCAAGGAUUUUUUUGUUCAUUGCUGUAUUGUUUUCUAAAUACAGAAGUUCGUGAAACAAUUUCUCGUCGUUUACAAACAACUCAAUUUUGGUCUAGAUGGAAAUCAUGUUUACGAAAUAAAGAUCGAAAUGAUAGAGAACGAACAAGAAUGGAAUCAUUAUUACCCCAAUCAUCACCUUCAAAAAAAACUCAUAUAGAACUUAAUGAUCGACUGGAUGGUGAAAAUAAUAUGACUAAACCCAUUCUUCAACAAGAACAAUUAACUCAUAUCGUCUCAAAUGGACAAUCGCCGACUAUUCAAUGUUAA